AGAUAGUGUUGACAAACCUCGAACGAGACAAUCAUGUGACUCUAUACAAAUGGCUUCGGAAGGACAGGAUCUCGAUGACUGGAAAUGACUUGUCUCGCCUCGCAAUGGGCUUCCAUGGCAACGUCGGUGGGAAGCCUCUGGGUGGUGAUAUGCUGUCGCGGACCUGUGGAUACUCCAGAACACCAUACUAAAAGAGGGCGGCGACGUGCCUCUACUAAGUCUACUAAGUCUGCGUAUUGCUUAAGCGAAGCAGAGCAGGGAGCCCAAGGCCCAAGAAACCCCAAUUGGAGACGAAGAAUCAGCCAAAGGAUAAGCCAAAGCAGCCAGCAGAGGUGCCAACUCACCACCGUCACGCCUUGCACCUUCACGAAUCACAUCGUCAAGCCACCCAAGCGGUCGAUCGACAUCUCGUCCUCCCACCAACUUCCAGGACUCCCUCACUCCGCAAACCUCCAAUAGGCAAUCCCCUCUCCCCCUCCCACCGGCCCACCUCGCCGCCAUUAAUGUCCGCCCAAGUCCCAACGGACCAUGCCAAAGCCAAACGCGGAGACCCGUCUUAGUGCCGUCUGGCUGCCGCCGCCCUUCGCUCACUUCCGCCGCUCUUCUUCAACCCUUCUUUCCUCAUCAUCAACAAAGAAUCUCAGGUUUGUCUCGUCCUACCGUGCUCCAUCGCCGACCAUGGGCGUUG